GCUCAGCGGAAAAAAAAGUUUUGGUUCUAUGUACAUUGUACAUUGCUGCUUUUCUUAGCGCAAUACUACUCUUUGAGUGUUGCCCUACUUUAGUUUGCUUUACAUUGCUACUGACAAGAUUUGCUUGACGCACUAUACCACUGAAGAUCAAUUAGGAAGAUGUCAACGACCGAACCAGAUAAUAAAGCUACCAUACUAGAUUAUCUAAAUGAGGACUGCUGGAUGGCAGUGUUCAGCUAUAUACCUGUUAAAUAUGUCAUAAAGUCAGAAAGAGUCAGUGACCGAUGGCAAGAAUUAGUUCUGAAGUAUUUACGACGUCUCCGAAUUGCUAUUCGGUAUCCUCUGAACUGGUUAUCAUUUUGUGAUGACGACUACGGUAUUGAUGGAACUUACGGGAAUUAUUAUUUAGGUGAUAAUGAAGUAGUUGUCGUUCUUAAUAAAAGAGCAGCCGAUUAUUUAUCGUUCGCACGCUGGACCAGCAAACUUGGCGCAUCUGUUGUAAGCACUUACUGUGCUACCAUUCACAAUAUGGAAACAAUAGGAGAAAACUGUCCUAAUCUUGAAACUCUCGAGAUAUUCCCAGAAUCAGAAGAAAACAUACCAACCAUUCAUCAUGAAAACUUCAAGUGGUUACGGAGACUAUAUUUCCAAAAAUAUAAUUGUGUUUCGGACGUAUAUAUCAGUAGUUUUAUAGCAAACAAUUCCGUGUUAGAGGAAUUGGAAAUAAACAAUAAUGAAAUCGUCACUGGUAAAUGUUUACUCAACAUCAAAUCGGAAGCGUUGAAAUCCCUGAUGUUCAAGCAAUGCAGAAAAUUGAAAAUGUGCAAUUUGCUCGACACUGCUAGCCGUCACAAUCUGACAAAGCUAGAACUCAUUGAUGUUCCUUAUAAUAUAUAUGAAAACAUACAUUUAAUCCUGAAUAAAUUGCCUAAUUUAGAGCAUUUGCGUGUAUUAGAUGAAGUUAUGGAUUGCGAUCAUUUUUUCGAAGCUGUUUGUCGUCUGAGCAAGUUGAAGUUUCUUGUUGUAAUGUAUGAGGCGACGGAUACGAAUUUGGAAGAUAUGACGAGGUGCUGUAAGGAUUUAACAAUUUUGGAGCUUGGAGAUUGUUCUACUGUGUCAUCUCGUGGAAUGGAGGCUGUGAUCCGCAACGUGGGAGCGCGUAUCACCAGGCUGGGCAUACCCAAGAGCAAAUAUCUGGAGGAUGACGAUGUGAUUGCUUGCGUACGCGGAUGCCCUAAUCUCAUGUUCUUGGACCUGAGUGGGUGCUUGCGUCUGAGAGAGGGUAUGCUGAUAGGGGCUGAUGAAGCACGACGCCGCAUGCGCGCCCAGCGAUCGCUGAAAGUGGUCGUUGAAGAUACAUUCCUGCAUUUUGAUGAAGAUACGGUAUUUUAUCGAGUUAUUUUAUGUUAUCAAGCAGUAACAAGUUAAAAUAAAUAUACAGAUAGAGUCCCAAUACAUACUUUGACUCUAAUCUUUUCGCACAGACUUUUUUAACGAGUAAGUUUUCGAACCCAAUAAUUGCAAUUUUGAGGGUAGAUUUCAUUAAAGUGUCAAUUUUAAUACGUAGUUUUCUAUGAGUCGUUGUGCCACUACGUCAUCUCGAAAUAUCAUUUGAUCUUUACUUACCAAUUGCUUUUCGGUCAAAUAUUGCGAGAAAACCUGCUAAGCGCACCCUUGGUUCCAUUAGGAAAGUGAUACCUAUACAUAUACCUCUGUCAAAAAUUAAGUAAUUUGAUGGUAAUGUAUCAUAGAAAGUAAACGGAAUAUUUAAACUGCAUUUGUAAUAAUUAUUUUAAUUUUUUCUAGCCAGACUAUCAUGAGCUUAACGUGAGGUAUUAGCUGCCGAGGCAACUGUGGGCCGGCUCGACUGCUUCAGAAAGUAUAAUUAAAGUUUUCACUUUUUAUAUUAGUUUUUUUAUUUAUUGUUCACAUAUAACAUGGGAAGAGUGUGUUUGGGGUUGUGCACAA